AUGGCGAUGGACGCGGCCACCAGGGCGCUGUUCAUGCCGUGGCAAGCGCCGGGGCCACCCCGCGUGACCUGUACAGCCAGGUCGUGGAGCUCCGUGGCACGUGACCGUGACCUCGUGCUCGGCGUCGUCGUUGUCGUGCACGGCGGCAGAGACAACCAGCCCGCGUACGACUCCGCCCACGCCACUCGACGCGACCGAGACAACCACCGCUCCUUCAGCCUGUACCGUUUCUGCCCCGGCGACCUCGAACCCGACCUCCACGCCGCCGAGACAGAGGAGAUGAACGAGAAGAAGCAGCAGGCGGCGGCGCACUACGGGCGGAGCCGGUCUGAGACGGCGCGGGAGCAGGGCAAGAAGAAGCAGGAGGCAAGGAUGAGCAAGUCGACCUCGAGCGGCGUCGUGGAGGAGGAGGCGGCCGUGGAGACGGAACAGUGUGUGGACGCGCGUGCGGACAACAACGGAGAAGAAGGGAGCGGUGGGUGA